CGAACAACAACGGGCGGUACAGAGUCAGAAAAAAAGAAAAAAAAAAAAACAAAGCGACGCAGACAGCAAAAAAAUUGUGUAGUGCCAGUUGAAAAAACAAUAUUUGAAGUGCGCGCAAUAAAUAUUCGCAUUCAUAGCAUCAUUUGCAGCGGCAUCAGCAUCGGCAGCAACAAAAAUGGACCCCUUCACUCAGCACAUGCUUGAAAAGGCGGAACAGCGCAGUCGCGCGCUCGGCAUCAGCAACGCCAGCAAAUUUCCUUUAACCGAGUGCAGCGUAGCAUCAUCUUCGGUGGCUCAAAAUUUGGAACCCACGAAGCCCAUGCCCAACAGGAGUCACUCGCCAGCAGGUCACAGUAUCAGCAGCAGCAGUAGCAGCAGCGGCGGCGGCGGCGGCAAAGUUGUGACCCUGGACAAGGCAAUGUUGGAGGCAUCGCCGACCAAGCCGCUGCGUCACUAUGCGGCCAUCAACAAAGAAAACAUGGAAAUGGGCAUCGAGAUAAACAUAACAUCAGCCAAGGCAAUUGGGGUGCAAGUUGAAAUUCAAGAGCAAGAGGUGACAGAUGACGAGGAGACGCCUGGCGAUGCUGUGGAUAAUCCCGUCCAGGCGAUCAAUCAGCCGCUGGCAAGAUUGCGGGACACCUCGAGGAGUCAAUUGAAGCGAAUGGGUGACUUGUACUCCAAUACUGCCGACCUGUCCUCUCCCAUCCAUCGUACGGAGGCGCAGUUCCAUGCAGGUGACGAUGACGACGACUCAAGUCGACGGUGUCCUCGUCAGGGCAAACAGCGAUUAGGCAAGCUGGCUGCACUGGCCGACACCAUUAACCAGUGGGAAGACGACACAGCGCAUCACGAUGUGCACAGACCAAUUGAAGCAGUGGCAAUACCUCCACCCAAACCUGAGUUGCCCAGCCGGCGGGGAGAGAAAGGACCUGCCCCGCAACCGCCUAAGCGAGACGAGGGCGACGAAGGCGGGAAAACAAAGCAAUUGAAAUGGGAUCCCAAGGUACUGAGCUCAUUGGAGGCCCAAGGUUUUCAACGCCGUGAUUCGUCCACCAUUAAACAUACAUAUGAUUAUGCCAAACAGGGAGAGGCGGCACCCACUGCAACUGACACUGCCAAGCCGCCAGUUCCGGGAAAGUCGACGGCGGUCAGCAAGGUGGCCAGGACUUUUGGGCCCACCGCGGCGGUAUCCACGAAAAUAGCUUCUGUAUCUGGUACAAGCAUCAAGUCUGGCUUAGUAUCCGGGCGAGCAGCCAUCUUUGAAAACAAAGCGGGCGCUGGAGGGCAGAUGCAAGGAGGACACCGCUUCCAAAAGGAUCCGUGCGAGCUGUCACUUAAGGAGCGUAUGAAGCUUUUCGAGACCGGCAACAAUAAUACUGCCAUACUGCCGAAGGCUCCAAUAGCAUCUGCAGCCAGCAUUAGUCAGAUCAGACAAGAGGAGUCGAAAGCCCAUGUUGCUGCUGUGCAUCCUGUCACAGCGGCUGCUGUCUCCUCUACUGUGAGCGCUGGGGCGGCUCACAAGCCCAAGCCAGAGAAUAAGUUGCGCGAUAAGGUGGCUGCCCUUGUGGCCAAUGCCCAGUCCAGUGCGGAGAGCCGCAUUAAGGAUAUUGAUCGCCAGCGUCAGGAAGACAUGCAAAUCAUCGCAAAUCGCUUCAACAAACAGAAGGAACUCUUUGUUCCACAGCCAGCGGCAAGAGCGACUCCAGCGCCAGCGCCCGCAUCAGUACCGGUGACAGUAUACAAGGCGGUACGGCCCAUGCCGCCGCCGCCACCGCCGCCCAUGUCUGGGCUCUCACCUGCCAUUGCCAGCAGCAAGAGGCGCUCACCUGGGGAUGCGCCAAUUAUCGACGAGGAGUCAAAACGCGCUCGCAAAUCAAAUUCAGAGCGCCUCUAUCCCGCCCUAUCUGACCUCGACUCGAGUGGAGAAAACUGCUGUGCGACGGUAACAGCCACAGCCACCGACGACAGCGACCAACAGGAGCAAGACGAAACUGAAAGUUGCAUGGAUGAGUCGGAGGACCAGUCGCAGACUGAGGACAGCAGCACCGGCAUGUGCAAUGGCAGCCUUGGUCGCGAGAUUAUGAACGCAGUGCAGCGCAAUGAGGCGGAGAUACAGCAGCAAGGCAAGAAGACUGUGCGCUAUGCAGAUCAGGAUUUCUACUACAACCACGAGGGUCAGGACAGUUCGGUUAAUUCGUCGCAGGUAUCGGCGGGCAUUGACGACUAUCUGGAUGAGGCUUUGGUCGAAGACUGUGGCAGCACUCAGGAUGAUGACAGCGAUGGCGCGGACGAGCACAACUCCAGCCACCUAUCGCUGGGCAGCAAGGGUACGACUGCCUCAAAUAGCUUCUCCUUCCGAAAAAACCCGACUUCAACGAGUUGCCUGCCUGUUGACGAGCAUCAGGAGAUCAUGGACGUGCAGACGCCGCUUCUGAGCGGGGCCCAACCGGUCAGGUCGGAGCUGAGCGUAAACCAGGACAACGACAAUCUGGUCACCCUCGUCCACACAGUGAGCUUCUAUCGCCGCCAGCAGAGUGCAAAUAGCUCAAGCUCUACACCGGUGCGCAAGAUAUGUCGCGAACAGCAGGUGAUGCGAUCGGCUUUGGCUGGCGACUGCCACGCCAAGCACAAGCUGGAAUACGACUCACCACAGCAUGGCGAGAUGGCGGAGGCCGGUGCCGGAGCUAGCAAGGAUGACCACACCGAUGAUGAUGACGAGGAGCUGCAGAAUGCGCGCGACUCCAAUGAUGCCACCCAGGCGCAGGACAAGAUCAAGAAGUUACUGAGCGAGGUGUGCAAGCAGCAGCAAGUUAUUGGCCAGGCCAGUCAGGCCUUGAAUCUGUGCGCAGCUACCGUGGAGUUCUCCGGCUCUACAGAGUCCGUAGAGGGAGAGCGGUAUCUGUUGCUGGCAACUCAUCGUCGACAGUCCUGUUUGGAUGAGGUACAGCGUCUGCGUGUGGAAAACAGCGUCCGACCGGUGGGUGGACCAAAAGAAAAGGGCCUGUUGACUGUUAAGGACAUUACCAUUCCGUUGCGGCAUGAAUAUUUGCGCAAAAUGGCCUCGGGCAGCAUCAAUGGCCAUCAUCUCGUUUGUCUUCUCAAGUACAACGAACACGUGCUGGCCACCAAGACUGUGCCGACCAUGCCCGGACUGGUGUCCGUUAAGUUUCCCGAUGUUCUCCAGCUGAACAAUGUCUAUGCAGACUUUCGGAUCACGCUUGAAAUCUAUGGAAUGCUGGCCCAACGGGAUCAGUUGCCACACGACCUUAAGUACCACAUAAACCUGAACAAGAAGGGCGGCGUAAAGACGCCAAAGAAAAAGGGAGGCGAGAAUCGCUUAGUCAUGCCACCAGUGCAGAGUCCGGCCGGCCCGCAUGUAGUGCGAACGCCUCAAUUGGUGCAAUACGGGUUCGCCAUUUUCUCGCUGCGAGAGAUACAGCGCACCAGCUGGACGCUAACCCAAGUGCUAGGCGUCAGCCCUCUGGAGGGCGUCGUCCACAUGAAGGUCAACUGUGAGCUGUCCGUGAGCGUGGAGUACAAGGGAUUCCUCACCAUGUUCGAGGACAUAUCCGGUUUUGGUGCCUGGCAUCGUCGCUGGUGCUAUCUCAAUGGCUCUGUACUCAACUUCUGGAAGUACCCGGACGAUGAGAAGAAGAAGACUCCCAUGGGCAGCAUCGAUUUGAAUGCGUGCAGCUCACAGAAAGUCACCACCGCGCCGCGCGACAUCUGCGCCCGCCUCAACACCAUGCUGCUCGAGUGCGAGCGCCCGGCCAAGGACACGGAUCAAGAGUCGCUGAUAAUAGUGCCCAACGGACGCACCACCACAGUCCGCCACCUCCUCUCCGCCGAUACCAAGGAGGAGCGUGAAGAGUGGUCCGCUUACUUCAACAAGGCCCUGACUCUGCUGCGGGCCUGGGGACCCACCCACUGAUGGGACUAACUAACCGCUAACAUUUUUGCAAUUGCUGUCACCCGUGACCCAUGACCCCUGACCCCAGAUCCUGACAGGGGGCUCUUUAAAGUUUUCUCUUUUUAAGUUUUUUAAUGUUCUAAUUUGCAUUGCGUUUGGCUUUUUUUGUUUUUGUCGUUUCUUUGUUCAGUAUUUAAAAAUUCUUCGUAUUCUACUGGCACAUGUUUGUGUUCGAGUUAGAUAUGUAUAACGUAUUGUUUAAAUACCUUUUAUAUGUACGACUAGAUCAUGUUGAACUUAUGUAUAUUGCCUUUAGGAUGUGUCUCAAAAUAUAUAUGUAAAUCCCA